UUCACUAUUUCUGAUGAAAUCUGAAUCCUCUAUGAAUAAUUUAGUAUUGUGUACAUCGAUGACACGUAAAACAGUUUAUAUUUUGUACACGUAAUGUGGAUGAUUUAUAUUUUAUGCGUAAAUAGUCAACCUCGGGGGUUGAAAUGUUCCCUGUUUUGUAACCGACAAACGUCAAUACACCGAUCGUCGCUAUAUUAGAGUAAUAGUGCCAUCUAGUGAAUAACUUCGACAAAAGGUACCUAACCUAUUCUACGUAUGCUCUACCACGAGGGCCACGAGGCGAAAACUGAUUGAAAACAGUUACAAAGAGUAAUGUUGUCUUCUAACAGCAAUCAAAAAGAAGAAAAUAUAAAGUCAGCUUCACGGCCAUAAUCAAUAUUAAUAAAGUCCAAUACAUAUAGUGUAGUGUAGUGUUAAUUGCAAGACUGGAAAAUGCAUCGAGUAACUGAUGCGAAAGAAGUAAUUCUGACAAGCGACACUACCGGGAAGAGUUGGAGUGCCGCUGUGUGGGAUCCUCGAAAUGGUUCUAUGUUGUCUAUGUACAAGAACGCGACGGCACUCGGACAGCGCAGCCUUCAGCUUCUGAGCGACAGCUACAUAUUGGGUGCAGACGUCACAAAACCACGAAUACACAUCUGGCCGCUGAACAACCCGUCACCCUUGCCCAACAUCCGACUAACCACUCCAGGCAAGGUCAACGCCUUGACUUCCACACCGAACGGCUCCUAUAUAAUCGCCUCGGUGGCCGAAAAGCUGUUCAUCUGGCAAACAUGUAAUGGCAGACUACUGGCCAAUUUGACGAAGCACUAUCAGACCGUCAACUGUCUGGUCACUACCAAGGACGGUUCAUUAUUCGCCAGCGCUGGCGAGGACAGCCUCGUCUUCGUGUGGUCGCUCUACAGCGUGCUGAACGAUGCGCAUUGCUCCCCAGUUCAUACCUUUUCCAACCAUAGUUUACCAGUCAAGGAUCUACACUUCGGUCACGGUGGCGCCCGUACGAGAUUAUACACAGUCUCGUUGGAUCGAAGCAUGAAUAUUUAUGAGCUUGGGAGCGGAGAUCUCCUAGUCUCGCUGGUGUUUGACGCGCCGCUCACAGCAAUCGCCGUGAACAUCCGCGAUAGUGAACUCUUCGUAGGUUGCAUGACCGGCGAGAUAUUCCAGUGUAACUUGCAUGAACCGCCACGCGGAAUCGAGCAUCAUGUCACAGUGAACACGGACAACGUGAAUGAAGAGAGCGCCGUGUUCGAAGCACACAAAUCAAAUGUAACUGCUCUGUCGGUAUCAUUGGACUGCCGUACUCUGCUGUCUGGAUCUACUGACGGUGCGGUCCAUCUCUGGGACAUCGCCAGCCGGCAGGUGCUCAGGACCAUCGAGCAUAAAGCACCAGUUACCGCUGCAUUUUUCGCUCCAGGAUUCGACAAUUUUCGCGCUUCCGUUCUCAAACCGCGCUUACAGGUGCAUAAUUUGCAGAGAACAUCGGACGACGGAGGCAAAGAGAGCGUUAUUGAGGUUGUCUCCAGAGGACGAGAUCCGGCGGAGAUUCUGAACUUUGAAUCUUAUGAGGAUGGUAGCAGCGAUUCUCGAAGGUCGGAUGUGACGUCGAAGGUGGAGGAUCUACAGAAAGAGAUUAAGAAGUUGAAGAAAAUUAAUGCCAGUAUAUAUCAGUAUGGCGUUACGCAUAUUUUAAAGAGGAUAGCUAAUGGAAUUGAUAAAACCGACUGACAGAGUGCAUUGGAAAUAUAACCAGAUUGUAUUUUUUGCCAAGAGACUGAAAUUUCUUUUAUAUAUUAUGUUAUAGAAUUUAUAUAAUGACAGUGUUAUUAUAGAUAUACUUUCUAUGAAAAUUUAAUUAAAAUAUUUUUUUUAUUUCUGAAAGAUAUGAAUAAUAUUCUACAAAACUUGUGAAACAUAGUUAUGAAAAAAGUUAAAAAAUAAAAUAAAACUAUCCAAGAA